AUGGUCCAACAUUUUGUCAGAAAGAUGCAAUCUGAAUUUGAAAUGAGUCUUGUUGGUGAAUUGACUUACUUUCUUAGGCUCCAAGUCAAACAAAUGGAUGACAUUAUCUUUAUCUCUAAAAGCAAGUAUGCUAGGAGUAUAGUAAAAAAGUUUGGCAUGGAAAAUGCUAGUCAUAAAAGGACACCUGCACCAACCCACUUGAAAUUGACUAAAGAUGAAAAAGGUGUAAAUAUGGAUCAAAAUCUGUACAAGAGCAUGAUUGGGAGUUUGUUGUAUCUUACAGCUAGCAGACCUGGAAUUACAUUUGCUGUAGGAGUAUGUGUGAGGUAUCAGUCUGAAUCCAAAAUAAGGCAUAUUACUCAAGUGAAAAGGAUUAUGAAGUACAUCAAUGGAACCAGUGACUACUAA